AUGCGGCCUGUCAUAGCAAAGUGUCGUAGAGCCGUCGUCAGUGGUUAUCCCCUCGUCAGUGGUUAUCCCCUCGUCAGUCGUUCUCCCCUCGUCAGUCGUUCUCCACUCGUCAGUCGUUCUCCACUCGUCAGUGGUUAUCCCCUCGUCACUCCCCUCUUCAGUGGUUCUCCACUCGUCAGUUGUUCUCCCCUCGUCAGUCGUUCUCCACUCUUCAGUCGUUCUCCCCUCUUCAGUGGUUCUCCACUCGUCAGUCGUUCUCCCCUCGUCAGUGGUUCACCCCUCGUCAGUCGUUGUUCUCCCCUCGUCAGUCGUUGUUCUCUCCUCGUCAGUCGUUCUCCCAUCGUCAGUGGUUAUCCACUCGUCAGUCGUUCUCCCUUCGUCAGUCGUUCUCCCCUCGUCAGUCGUUCUCCCCUCGUCAGUGGUUCUCCCCUCGUCAGUGGUUAUCCCCUCGCCAGUCGUUCUCCCCUCGUCAGUGGAUAUCCCCUCGUCAGUGGUUCUCCCCUCGUCAGUGGUUAUCCCCUCGUCAGUCUUUCUCCACUCGUCAGUCGUUCUCCCAUCGUCAGUGGUUAUCCACUCAUCAGUCGUUCUCCCUUCGUCAGUCGUUCUCCACUCUUCAGUCGUUCUCCCCUCUUCAGUCGUUAUCCACUCGUCAGUCGUUCUCCCCUCGUCAGUGGUUCUCCCCUCGUCAGUCAUUCUCCACUCGUCAGUCCUUCUCCCUUCGCCAGGGAGUAUUCCCUGGUCAGUCGCUUACACCUCGCCAGACGAUCUGCCCUCGUCAGUCGUUCGCCACUCGUAAGUCGUUCUCCCUUCGCCAGGGAGUAUUCCCUGGUCAGUCGCUUACACCUCGCCAGACGAUCUGCCCUCGUCAGUCGUUUUCCCAUCGUCAGUGGUUAUCACCUCGUCAGUGGUUCUCCCAUCGUCAGUGAUUAUCCCCUCGUCAGGGGUUCUCCCCUCUUCAGGCGUUCUCCCCUCGUCUGUCCUUCUCCACUUGUCAGUUGUUCUCCACUCGGCUGUCGUGCUCCACUCGUCAGUCCUUCUCCCCUCGUCAGCGGUUAG